UUACGAGAUCAAGUUACCUUUGCGAGCCGCGGUUUCCGAUCCUCAGUUGUUUCUCGCGACUUGACCUUUCGCUUGGUGCUGCCCGCCGCCGUCUCGCAGCCGCAGCCUACUGUCCAAUCCGUGAAAAAUUACUAGAUUGCCGUACAUCAAAGACAGAUUUAUGUCGUCGCAAUAUUUCUUUGUCUAGAAUAAUUUUAACAUUUAUUCGAUUUGUUUUGUAUAGUACCACAAUACUUGAAACAUGACUGCCAUAUUACUACCCAUACUACUCCUAAUGCUCACCCAGCAAGAUAUUUCGUGCGAAAGAGAACACAAAGUCCACAACAUAGUGCUGUAUCCAGAAAAGCACUCCUGGUGCCAGACCACGCCCAUCCAGCAAGUCGUCGCCUCUCCAGGCUUCAAAGCUGUCACCAUUCAAAACAACGUUUGCGUCGGCGCAUGCUUCAGUUACAGCAUACCCAAAAGCGAACCCGCCGAACCCGGAGAGUUGAUUGGUCCGUAUUGUGACAGCUGUCAACCGUCGGAAAUCGAAUGCUACCACGUCAAUUUACAUGCUGACAAUAACUUAGAUGACUCGAAAAUAUUGCAGAAAAAAGUUCAAAUAAUAAUGAAUUGUUCCUGUCAAAGCUGCGAUAAGAUUCGUCCAGAUGACUAUGCUAUUAAUGCUACCAAUACUCAAGAAUUGCCUAAGCAUCUGUAUGUGGACCAAGAACAAUUCAAACCUACAGAAGACGUCAUACAUCCAGAUUUAUUUGAAGAUCAAAACACACAAAGCAAACAGCAUUUCGAACACGACAUCAAGUUAAAGGACAAGUUCAAAAAAUGGUUCGAACAGAUUCAAAACGAAAUUGCCGAACAUAAAAACACCGAAUUGGAAGACUUGAAUAAAAGUCUGAACGAUAUCCAAAAGGAAAACGAAAAAAUCAGAAAAGACCUGGAAGGACUGCCUAAAAGCUUUGGCUUGGAAGGUGCACCAAGCCACCAUAAAGGAGCACACAUCGGUAUGGGAAUCGUGCAUCAUCCAAACGACGUUGCGGAUGUAGAUAGCACAAAAUCGGUUGAUCACAAGGUCGGUCACCAUGGGCAUCACGGUCAUCACAAUCACCACCAUACCGAGAAUGAAAAUAGGAGCGAUAAUAGUGCACACCAUCACUAUUUAGGAGAAGAACAACAAAUAGGCACAAAUUUGGAGCGUCUCGUUAAAGGACCUCAUGGCUCUAUGGUAGCCGCACCAACCGACGUCAAACUGCACGUAGACAGCGAUUCCCUAAAGCCCAACGAUGAAGGUCUUGUUGUCGAAUACGAGAACCACAACAGGGACACUGAUCACAAAGUGGCAGAAAUAAUCCAAGGAGUAUAGAAAUAAAUUGAUCGUCUGCGUAUCCAGGAUACCACCAAUAAGAUUUUUACAGUUUUAAAAGCUACCAUGACGGCUUAUUUUUUUAUGUAAAUGUGCGUUCGGUGGUAUCUUGGAUAGGGUCAUUUUUUUAUUAACAUUCUUAAUGAUUAACAAAAACUAUAGUUUAAUCAAACAAAUAACACAGUGUGUAACUCAAAUGUGUUGUGUCAUAUGCAGUGUGUUAUUUAAAAAUAAAUCUUUAA